CCAUGUGCUUCCUUAUGGUCUUCUGCCGAACAAAAGUCAGGUCAAUCCUGUGCCGCCCCCCCCAACAAUACAAUAUACAUGCAAAAUAUACAGCGUGCCUCCCUCUGUUCGCGUUGACCUAACUGUUGUCUUUUCACUACACGGCAGCUUAUUUUCUUAUUUUUGGUUGCAUUUGAUUACGUGAGACGUGUGCUUACUGCCUACCGGGUGAUUAAAUGAAUAAGACCUCCCUGAUACACAGAGCUUUUUCUUCAUCUAAGCCACUUAAAAUAUGUUAAAAAUGUAUCUAUUAAUACUUAAAUUUAUUUUAUAGACGCUUGGCCAGCUCUAACAGCACACUGGCUGAAAAAUACCGAUGUAGACAAUGGCUGCUGUCUCUGGGGCUUGAGCAGCUGGUUGACAGAGAUGUUUUGGACUCAGAGGUUGUGCAGCACAUUUUCUGUGCCUGCAGCUGGAUGAGUGGGUGCUCCUACAUACAUUGUUAUUAAUUCACUGCAGGCUCAUUCUGCCCAUUCUGUAGCACAGAUACAUUGUGACUCUCCCUCCAUUGGUCUUUUACUCGUCCUCUUCUCUGCCUCUGGCUCCAUCUGAUCUUUAACAGGUUUUUUCUUUAGCUCCCUCUGUAAAAGUCAUGUUGCUAUUUUAACUCUGUCCCUUCCUGCUCACAGACGCCCCAUAGGUCCAGAGGAUUGGUUGGCUACCCUGUCAGUCUUUCAGCUGGAGAGCUGGGAUUGGUUGAUGCGGCACAGGCCCCACCCAGCCAUGUUUGUGGCUAUAAAAAGAGGGUGUCUGCUGUAACUGAAGCUUGCUGUGCCCCAAAGGGGAGGGUCAGGCCACCACUCUGCUCGUGACGGUAAAAGUGCGAGGAACAGCCAUGACCACCGCCCACCGCCUCGUAAUCGUGCGUCACGGUGAGAGCACCUGGAACCAGGAGAACUGCUUCUGCAGCUGGUUCGAUGCCGAUCUGAGUGAGAAGGGGCUGGAGGAGGCCCGGCGCGGGGGGCAGGCCAUCCGGGACGCCGGCCUCAAGUUCGACAUCUGCUACACGUCCGUGCUAAAGCGCGCCAUCAAGACACUGUGGACCAUUCUGGAGGGCACGGACCAGAUGUGGCUGCCCGUGGUGCGCAGCUGGAGGCUGAACGAACGCCACUACGGUGGCCUAACAGGCCUCAACAAGGCGGAGACGGCGGCCAAGCAUGGAGAGGAGCAGGUGAAGAUCUGGCACCGAUCCUUUGACAUCCCACCCCCUUCCAUGGACCAGGAGCACCCCUAUUACAAGACCAUCAGUGAGUCGAGGAGCUACAAGAGCCUGAAGGAGGGGGAACUGCCCAGCUGAGAGAGCCUCAAGGACACGAUCGCACGAGUCCUGCCAUUCUGGAACGAGCACAUCGUGCCGGAGAUCAAGGCUGGGAAGAAUGCUCUCAUCGCAGCGCAUGGCAACAGUCUCCGUGGCAUCGUCAAGCACCUGGAGAACAUGUCCGACGCCGCUAUCAUGGAGCUGAACCUCCCCACCGGUAUCCCCAUUGUCUACGAGUUGGACCAGGACAUGAAGCCCGUUAAGCCCAUGCAGUUCCUGGGCGACGAGGAGACUGUUCGCAAGGCCAUGGAGGCUGUGGCAGCGCAGGGCAAAGUCAAAAAGUGA